GUUAUUAUAUUCAUACCAGGUAGAGGAAGGGCGUUAAGAGAGUUUAGAUAAUAAAUAAUUUGGUCCAACGUCGGGCUAAAAGAUCAUACCGUUCAAAAAGCAGGGCUUGGAAUCGAGAAAAUGUGUCAGCAGUCACACAGACCACGCGGUGAGGACGAGGAGCAAGCAAUCACCUGGCUCGAUUGCGUAAUUAUUAUUGCAAGGAAUCAUAGCUGAUACGCGGACCGUCGAGGAACGUUCAUAAAAUAGUAAGUCAAAUUUGGGAAUGGCCGGACGAGGCGUUGAAUUGCGUCGGUUGUGCAAUGUAAGCAACAAGCCUAUACUAAAUAACCUGCAAAGCACGGUAAAAGAGGAUAAUCCGGAGUUACUUGCCAAGUAUUCGUAUAAAGCCAACCCCGACAGUCCAGGCGGUUUUGAUGAGAUUGAUAUAAAGCAAGGCGAGACUCUAUGGCUCCUCAAACGUGGAACCGGAGACAACCAUCACUGGUGGCAGGUAAAGAAGAAAGACGAGACAUUUGGAUUUGUUCCAGCUCGGUAUGUAAUGAUCGUAGAGAAGAAAGUUACUUCACUUCCCUGGCUUAAUAAGGAACCCGAAAAAGAAGAGAUGAACCCCGGCAACAAAUUUGGAAUUCCUAAAUUUAAACCUUAUGUGUCUGCUUAUGGGAGUGGAGAUGAACCGUCCAAAGAGAAGGCUUCAGUUGAUGAGUUUUAUUGCGAUGUAUGCAGCAGAAAAUUCAAUGGACCAAUCCCAUACAAAGCUCACAUGAAUAGCAAAGCCCAUAAGGAGGAGGAAGAAAUUGCAAAGCAGUAUUCGUCCUAGAUUCACAAGGCUGAAUGCGUGCCAAGAUCUCGGAUUCGUACAAUUUCAUUUGCAUGGAUAAUUCCCAGUUAUUGCUUGUAUCAUGAUUUUAUAAUCAAAUUUUGCAAUAAAACAUUUCUUUCAUCUUCAA